AUGUUGUAUGGGCAGGACGGUGAGAUCAGUGGGCCACCCAAAUUGUUUACGGCGCACGAUCCGAUAAAAGUGAUCAACGUUUCGGACCGAGAUUGUUGGAUCGAGCCUACGACACCCGUUGCUCGGAUUGCGGAGUAUGGGAAUAUCCCCAUAGUUGGACAGUUCGUGCGUCCUGGGUUACGGAGGAGAAUACAUUGUCCGCAAAUGCGUCAGGAAGCAUAUGAACAGAUGCUUCGGGAUGCGGCUCCACCUGCAGUCAUGGUGCCCAAGUACAAGUGGCCAACGAAGUUAUUAGUGAGGCCAAGGGAACCUGAGCGAGCCCAGGUCACGAAGAUCGUGGAAGAGCUGCCACCGCAGAGAGACGUCGAGGACGUGGGACUAGCUGAGGAUGUUACGCUUGAGGCAUACACCCCGAGCGUAAUUGACUCACUCAUGGCUGUCGACGCCCCGCCUGAACUAGUCACCCUAGAUGUCGACAUCCAGGAUGGCGGAAGGAUUGUCGGUUCAAGAUCUUGCGGAAGAGUCCCAGAUGAGACGGCCUAUGGAUCUGAAUGCAAUGUAGUCCAGGAUGACCUGAACACGGAGGACGAGGAUUCCGAGUUACCUUCGUCUGCCAUGCCUGGAACACCACUCGCAAGACUUGAUGCGGCAUAUACCAGGUGUAUGCGAGUGAGCGCUGAAGAACUCGAUUUGGAACCAGCGGUUUACAUUCGGGAAUGGGGUGAGCUUAUGUCUCAGUUGAAGGAUCAGUUGGUCAUGUUACCUGAUUUGGAUGAUCUCUCCCCUGAAUGUGAUAUUGAGGCCGCUGACGUUGGGGAACAUGGUGAAAGCACGGAGGCUCAGGAAGAGCAGCUGAAGUCCAUCUUGAAAAGACACAAGAACAUCUUCUUAGGUGACGGGAACGCUGCCCCACCUCCGGCGAGAGGCGUCAUCUGUGAUUUGGAUGUGGGUGAUGCUAAGCCAGUUGCCCAAAGACCCCGAUGGGUUGGUCCACACUUAGUCAUCAAGGUGUAUGAAUUGCUGAAGAAGCUCCUGGAAGCUACGCUGAUUGAACACUCUGAAUCGCCAUGGGCAUCACCAAUUGUGAUAAUGAUAAAUAAUUGCCUGUGGGGAUUGGUACGGCUAUUACCCGAAGCGGAAGCACACGUGGACCAGGAUGUGUUAGAUUAUCUGGAGUUAGCCCCUCAGUCGCCGAGUGACCAGAUGGGCGUCGAACGCAGCAUGACACCACUUGUGGAACAGAUGACAGUUUUCAGGCGCAACAUUCCCGCGCCAUCCCAAAUGGGGCCGGUCUUGGGGCGUAGCUCAUAUAUUGAUGACAUCGCGCAUGGGGCGGCCACGUGGGAUCAGCUAUGCGGUGAUCUAGAUGCGCUGCUCUAUCGGUUACGGUAUUGGAGUAUCUCAGUUAGUUUGCCCAAGAGCGAGAAGCGUGUCAUACCAUAUCUCUCUCAUGAGAUUGGUGCUGAAGGGAUACGUGCCACCCCGAAGAUCAUAAAAGGCAUUCAGGAGUUACCGUUUCCGUCUACCCUGAAAGGAGUUCAGUCAUUUCUAGGCAUCCUGAAUUACUACCCCAAGUUCAUUGAGGAUUGCGCUGUGGUAGCUGCUUCACUCUAUGAGUUAACCGACGACCAAGUUGUAUCUACACCUCUACUCAGGCACCCAGAUCGGACGAAACCUUUUGUGAUCAUCCCGCAUGCAAAUCAGUGGGCCGCUUGUGCAGUUCUAGGACAAAUGCAUGACGGACUAGUUCAACCGGUUCGUUUCACGGGGCGCGUCCUGAGUGACGCUGAACUCAAGUAUCAUAUUGCUGAGAAAGAGGUUCUCGCUGUGAUGCGAGUGCUCCAUGUGUUCAAGAACAUGAUCGAAGGAUGUCCGCUGAUAAUCUACAUUCGACAUUCAGUGUUGAAGUGGGUCAUCAACUCUAAGACCGCUGAAGGUCGUUUGGUGCCAUGGGGCGUCGCUCUCUCACAGUACGAUUUGGAGAUUCGGAAGGUCAGUCGAGACGAGGAUGGUUUAGCCGCAGGCAUUACCCCCAGAGAGCACUUGGAUGAAGUCGCCGAAGUACUCAUUCCGGCCAAGGGGCGCGUCAAACCACCCCCAGUUAGGAGACUAGCUGAAUGUGAAACCUUGAAGAAACGCUUCCAGACGGUUCGAUUGGUGCACAUGAAGCGCGAAUUCAACCAGGCUGCUGACUACCUGACAUCGAAGACUCUU